GCACCUCCGCAGGUUCAAACUCUUCUUGGUGAGAGUGGCGGCGAUCUCGAGGUCACGUGAUGAGCAUCCUGCUGCCCAACAUGGCGGAGUUCGACACCAUCUCGGAACUGGAGGAAGAGGAAGAAGAAGAAGCCGCUACGUCGUCGUCGCCGCCGUCGUCUUUGUCGUCUGUUUCUGGGCCCGAUGAUGACGAAGAAGAGGAAGAGGAGGAGGAGGAGGAAGAAGAAGAGGAAGAGGAGGAAGAUGAUGAUGAGGAGGAGGUGCCGCCCCCGCCUCGGGUAGUGAGCGAGGAGCAUCUGCGGAGAUAUGCCCCGGACCCUGUACUGGUGCGCGGCGCAGGCCACAUCACUGUGUUUGGCUUGAGCAACAAGUUUGAUACUGAAUUUCCUUCAGUUCUAACAGGGAAGGUGGCCCCAGAAGAAUUUAAGACCAGCAUUGGCCGUGUGAAUUCAUGUUUGAAAAAGGCUCUCCCAGUCAAUGUGAAGUGGCUGCUCUGUGGAUGUCUCUGCUGCUGUUGCACACUGGGUUGCAGCCUGUGGCCUGUUAUUUGUCUCAACAAAAGAACCAGAAGAUCAAUUCAGAAGUUAUUAGAGUGGGAAAAUAACAGAUUAUAUCACAAGCUUGCUUUGCACUGGAAGUUGACUAAAAGGAAAUGCGAAACUAGCAAUAUGAUGGAGUAUGUUAUACUAAUAGAAUUCUUACCAAAAUAUCCCAUAUUCCGACCUGACUGAGGAGUUUUAUUCAGUCACUUCUGUGUUUCCUGUCAUUUCCUACCCUUAGUGCCUUGUAGAUGAUUAUGGAAUGAAGAUGGUCUCCUUCGCUGUGUUCAAGUUAUUCUUUAUAAUGUGGUGGCUGUGCGCUGGCUGUGGGGCCGGAGCUGGGUCAGUUCAAUGGUUCUAUGGGUCAGCAAGAACUGGAAGAUGACCCAAAAAUUGUAGUCCUUCUCAGCACGGCUCUCCGUGGACCUCAGACUCACUGACCAAUGUGGAAAAUUAACCUAAAAACAUCUUUGGAACAGAUGUUAAUACAGAUAGCCCCUUUGUGGAUGAACAGGAAAUUAUGAUAUGAGAACCUGCAAACUCUGAAGAACCUACAAUGAAAACUCAUUAAAGGAAAUUAUGAUAUGAGAACUGGCAAACUCUGAAGAACCUACAAUGAAAACUCAUUAAAAGAAAUUAUGAUAUGAGAACCUGCAAACUCUGAAGAACCUACAAUGAAAACUCAUGAAAGCUAAGUAAAAUGAAAUCUACAAAUGAAGCCUCUAAAUACUCACUUCUUAUUUAAAUUCAAACACUAGCAAGCCACACAGACUUCUCACUGAAAUCAAAAUCUGACCCCAGCAUUAGCCAUGAGGUGUAGUGUUCCUGUUGAGGAAUGCAGGGGUUUCUCUUCCAACACUUGUUGCUCAAUGACCAUCUAAGAUCCAUUUUGGUCCUUGACCUUGUCCACACCAGACAAACCUGGCCACAGUGCAGGUUAGUUCAGUGGCCAAGGAGUAGAUUAGCCUUUGGCCAUCACAAUAAAACAAGAAUUCAUCCUGCCCAUCCUGAUUUCUUUCCAACACUUCAAAUGCUGAAAUGGAGCCAAAGAGCAUAAUGUAUCUCUCUCAUGCUCUUAUGUAGAGAGAUACACAUAAGUGUCCUUGAAAGGUCCACUAGCACAGCCUUUCCAAUUCUUUUGCCCAAGUCUAAUUCAAUCAUAUGCUUCAAUUGGCUGUGUGCAAUUAAAUUCCACUUGCAUUUCCAAUUGGUUAGGUCGUGGAGCAAUCCAGCACUGCCAAACCAUUUUUCUCUCUGGCUUUUGUCUCUGGCAGCAUAAGGAAACAAAGCAGGACCACCUCUGCAAAAACCACUUUAGAUUGUAUCAACCAAAACCCUGCCAUGUCAACAAUGUAACAAACUCCCUGUUAGCAACCAGAAUGUUCUAAGAAACAGCAUCCCUCAAUGAAGCCAUCUCCAGAACAGACACUCCACCCCUGUGGGAGCCUGAGGCCAGGAGCUGGGGUAGCCAUCCUGAAGCUUAUAAAAAGGCUACCACUGAACCAGUCUCUCCGGGACAACUACCAAGCAUAGCAAGUAUUCUCAAGCCUUUCCUUGCCAUCAUUCUUCACAAUUCCCACUCUCUGUGUUCAGUAUUUGGGGAAGUGAAUUAUACUGGCCUUGACCCCUCACAGUAGUUGACAACAUUCUGAAGGAAAGCGGCCUCUCUCUGCCUCACCUCUUAUUUCAGUGUAGCUACAUACCCAACCAACUGGCACUAUCUAUCUGAAAGGACAGCUCAGUCUUCAGAGGGUAGCAGUGAGGAAACUCAAGUCACACUGCACCCCGAAGGGACUACUUUGCCACCAGGCAUUCAUCUCUCCUGGGAAUGGAAUAAAGUGCCAGCUGCAAAUCAGUCUCUACCUAUGGAAACCUCCCACGUGUGUGCUGUGUGCCCCCCUGUUUCUGGCAUGUACAGCCACAUUCAGUCUGGACCCAGAGAGCACGGAACAGUCCCAAUGGUUUGUGUCAGAGGAAGAUCAGCUGGAAGGUAGGCCACCUACAGCCACACAUUUGGAGAAUGAUUGAGGCCACGUGGUAAGGCACACUGGUGACAAGUGCCAUCUCCUCCCAUGUGUAUAUCACCAGCAGUAAAGACACUUCCCUUACCUUCUGGAACUCCACAUAGAAGGCCAAGUGGAGCGCAUCAUCACUCCAAAGCACACUUUGGAAGGAUUGCCGCCCGUAAUCAGAGUUCUGCCAGAAGAAAUGCAUUUCGCAUUCCAUAGGCCAAGAACCCCUCUCUCUGGUCCUGAGUAGAGUCCCCCAUUCUGAUUGGGAACUCCGCGGACUGUUCUUACAAGACAUUCUUCUACUGUGACAUGUUUCACACUCAACGUGCCACUGCUAGAUACAUUUGAGGCCACCAAAUGGAAAAAUAAUGUGUGUUUCAAAUUUAAUCUUCAUUAUGCGAUAUUUAACCUUAAAUUUCUGAUAUUUUUUAUUUCUCUUUCCCUCUUUCUGAUAUUAUUUUGGACAUAUUGUGAGAAACCUUAUUGAAGACUUUUUACUGCAAUUUACGUCUUCCUAGCAUUAAGAAAUAUCCCCUUUCUCCUGGUGAUUUGUCUACAUGUCAAGAAUCAAAAUUUCCACUAUUCUUAGUGUACAAAUUUGAUUGUCAUAUCAUAUGACCAUCAGAGGAACAUUCAGUGAAAUGAAAGUUCACAUUGGGUUUAAACUAUUGUCAUUUGUGUAAAAUACAUGGAUCAGUAAAAAUAAUAUUACCAUACGA